AGCUUCAAACAAAAAAAAAAAUAUUAAUUCGCAUCCAGUGCCGCGACCGCGUCCGCAUUUUCCUACAUUUUUGCACAUUUUCAAAGUUUUGUUAAUAUUUGGAAGUUUCAUAGCAAUUUGUGUUCAUUCAUUAUAUACGGCAGACACCAUGACGGCAUUAAAGUUGGAUCUGGACGAUCUGCUGUCGGACAUGCACUCGCUCAAGAUAUCGGCUUUGAGCAAUGCGGCCCGCAUUUCACCACAGGUUCGUGGUCGCACAAUUGGCCCCGGCUGUUUCCGGUCCAGCCCGGAAAAGCAUGAAUCGAAUAGUGGCGGUGAGCGAAAUGUCGAGCUCGUUGCAUUGGAGACCAAAUUCGCUCCGGAUCUAAAGGUGACGAUAACGAACCGCUUGUCGUCGGAUGCAGCGAAAGGGGGAGGCAGUACGCCCAACUCUCGGAAGGUGGACAUCAGCGACUGUCGGGCGGUGUCGUUCCAAAUGUACCAUCAAGAACUGGAACGGAAGCGCCUGAAGGAGAUGAAGCAUGAGGUGGAUCGAAGGCAGGCCAGGAUCCGGGAGGCGGAUCGUGCGCGGGACUUGCAACGGGAAGAGCGUAUUAAGAAGGCUGAGAGCGACGCUGCUCGGAAGGCUCAGGAGAGCGAACUGAAACUGCUGGAAGCAAUCCGAGAACAGGAGCGGAUUGCGAGAGAAUUUGAGGAAAAGCGUAAGGCGGAAAUUGACGAGGAGAACCGAAGGCUAGCGGAAGUCUCCCAGCAGUUGAAGAAGAAAGAAGAGGAGGUUAAGAAGAAGCAUGCCAUGUUCGAUGCAAUCCGGUUGAGCCAGGCCAACUUCCGGAAGUCGACGGAUGUCUUCACGAAAACGGUGAUGGGAAUCGGUAAAGAGUAUUCCGCCCAGUUGAAUAUGCAGAAGAAGACGGUUCAGGGCUUGGUUAAGGCAUUCGAGCAGUUGCUUCAUAAUGUUAACGCCACCAGGGAAGUCACCCAGCAGGAAGUGGACAAGGCAGCGGAGCUGUGCAAAUCAAUAGAGCAGACUAAUGCGGAAAUAGUGGAGAUUAUCAAUCGCAUCCAAAAGGAGAUAGCCGAUCGAUUGCAGAAGGAAGAACAACAGAAACAGGAACAGCAGAAAGCAGCCCAUGUGGCGCAGGUUCCUUCUCAGGACACCACCGAUACUUCUCAACAGAAAGCUGCUCCUCAACCGACCCAAUCUAAUCAGUCGGAUCCACUUUCAGCUUAUGCAUCCCAGGAAAGCCGAGCGUUUUACAGGGAAAUCAAAACCUUUUACGAGCAGCACCAAGCUGCGGUCAAAGCCCUGCAGGACGAUCCCUCGAUGAAGACGUAUCGGUUCCAGUGCUCCAAGGUGAUCACCACUCCGGUCAAUACCAUUUCCUCGCUCAACUUCAAGGACAAGUUCAACCAGUUGGACGCUUUUCUGUCGGGCCAGCCGGCCAAAACGGGCGAUGUGGCGAUUACGAUUGACGCACAUCCCCUCGGACGGACCUACUGUAUGAUGUUGCUGGCGAAGAAGUUAUUGGGACACGCUGAUUCUAUGGUAAGCAGCAACGCCCCCGCCGCCUUCCCGUUUGCGGCCAUCAUCGUCGGGCUGUGGCAAAAGUACCCCGAGUUCGGAAAGUUCUUCCUUGCCUACCUGCACAAGGAAUGUCCCUAUCUGGUGCCGUUCUUUUUGCCCCAGCUCGAGGGUCAAAGCCAGGAGGAUUACCUCAAAUCCAUCGGCUACCGAUUCACGGACAACGUCCUGGAGAAGCAGGAUCAGUACCUGAAACGGGUCACCGGUUUCGCACGGUUAUACGCGGCCGUUGUAGUGACCAGCCCGCGACGUGGCGAAGCGGCUCCUCAUCCACACGGACUGGAGUGCGGAUGGCGCUGGCUGUGUAACAUACUGAAUUUGAGCCCCCUACCGGAUAUUUGUGCCACCGUACUGACCGAGUUCCUACAGAACGCGGGGCCUUCGCUUUGGGCUACCUAUGGUAAACAGUUCGUCAAGGUGCUUCGGGUGAUGCAGGAACAGUAUCUGCCGGCGCUGAACAAGGUGGACGAAGGUGGGCCCAAGGCACGGCUGGAAGGGCUCAUUGCUAAGAUCACCACCGAAGGGAAGAUAGAUCGACCCGAGGGGAUGCUUAGUCCGGAUUUUUGGUGAAAGGGUACUGGAAUGUAGGAAUGCUGUGUUAUGUGUGCGCGUAUGCCUAAUUAUUACGACGUUUAGUUAUACAGAAGCGAUAGGUGUAUUUGUUGAUAAAAAAUCACGAACGGA